AUGGCAUCAGCAGAAGAAAGACGGUCAUGCGAGCGGACGAUCGUCUCGAUUCUCCUCAAACUCGCGGAUUCAGGCCACCUUCUCGACCUCGGGUUAAGCAACUUCAGUCUAUUCCCCAAUGAACAUCGAGCGUACAGCCUUCCGUCAGACAUCGUCGCCAGUACCUGCCGUGAUAUCAUUAUGAAGGGUCGGCUGCGAUCACUCAGGCCACCAAGCGUGUCUGUGGCUUCGAAUCUCCUCUCCAUCCUUCCGCCGACGCUAUCUUACGUGGCUCUUCCCUAUUCCGCCUUUAAGCUGGCCACGAACGUGAGCUAUUGGUUGACCGUUGGGAACGAACCGCGAGAGAGACCCCUCCGCAAUACCACCACUGUGUUAAUUGAGGUGGCCUCGGACCAGGUGGUAGAGCAAAGGCGAGAGGUUGAAACCAAAAUGAUCCAUAUCGUCGCACCCAAGUUAUAUCGACUAGCUCUCUACACCGUGAGCAGUCGCGCCGCACCCGAACGCUGUUCACCUUUAUUCUACUCAGACCGCAUCACGCACCUCGACAUCCUAGCAUUCAUAGACGGGGAUAAACCGGUUCAAGAUAGCGUUUAUCGCUGGACUUCCUUCCAAGUCAACCUCAAAACGACUCUCAACUUGGCAGACGGAUUAAGCAAUUUACAACAACUCACGCUCCGGCUACUACGAACUGACGCGGAGGAGAUCGAUAACUUGCUCGCUUAUUCGACGAUGAUCCGGCGCCUCGCCCACUGCUGGAGCCCCUGGACUUCGACGAAUUGCAGAGGAUCUUGA